AUGGCGACAGCAUCGCAGCCAAUCAGCUGCCCGCCAGCGAGCGGAGCGGCGCGCAUGGUGCGGGUGUCGUCGACGGAGAAGAUGGACUUCGCGCCGCACCUGCGCGACGUGUCGCAGUUCUCCUCCACGCCCACCUCGCGCCUAGCCGGCACGCCGCCGUCGCGUGGCGAGUCGCUGGGAGACUCCCAAGGCGUGGCGGCGCGCGCGUUCUUCAACUUCGGCAAGCCGGCGCUGCCCGACGUGGUGGAGGCGGGCGACCCCGUGCUGCACGAGCCCGCGCGCCCCGUGCCCGCCACCGACAUUGGCAGUCCAGAGAUAGAGAAGAUCAUCAACGACAUGGUGGCAGUCAUGCGCGCAGCGCCAGGUGUCGGCCUCGCAGCCAACCAAAUCGGCCACCCUCUGCAGAUCAUCGUGCUGGAGGACACGGUGGAGCUGAUGAAGGCGUGCGACCCCGACGAGGUGAAGCUGCAGGAGCGCCAACCCUUCAACCUGCUGGUGAUAAUCAACCCCGUGAUCAAGCCAGUGGGCGACACCAAGGCCCGCUUCUUUGAAGGCUGCCUCAGUGUGAAUGGGUACCGGGGCAUGGUGGAGCGGUACAGAGAGGUUGAGGUGUCAGGGCUGGCACGGGAUGGCAAGCCCAUCACGGUGCAUGCGACGGGCUGGCAGGCCCGGAUCCUGCAGGUGAGAGGAGGCCCGGAUCCUGCAGUCAGGCUGGGUACUGCUAGGGAGCAGAGGGAGAGGGAAGAUGAGGUGAGUGAAAGGCGGCUGAAAGCUCUGGCACUGACUGACCUGUGUGCUGCCUGCACUGGUGGUGGCAGGCAAGGGGGGGUGCAGCAGGGAACUGAGGGGUUGAUGUGA